AUGGAUGCACCCAAUCCCUCUUCUCUUCGAGUCCUGAUUCGUCCCUCUUCUUCUUCGACUGCAACUGCUUCGUCUUCUGCCUCUGCAAUCACUCUCACUUCCUCUGCUUUAUCUCCUGCUUCUUGUACUGCAACUAUUACUCCUGCUUCAACAACAAGCGCGUUAGAACUCCCUCUUUCUAUCAAACCCUCAUCCUCUUCUUCAUCGACCUCGACGUCGGCUUCGGCAUCCCCAUCCGCAUCGUCUCAAACUGUGUCUUCAGAAGGUGGUGUUGUUGUUGUAGGUUUUAUUGGGAGGAGAGAGGAUGAUGUUACCCAACUCAUCAACCGGAUUCUUGAUGCCAAUGUCUUUGGAUCAGGCAAUCUCGAUAAAAGAUUUCAAGUUCGGUUGCGCAGUACGGGAGAAGAGGAUCUGGGACAUGCGGCGAAGGAUUGGUUCCGAAGUAGGAGGAUCAGUUAUUAUCACGAGGAGGAGAAAGGAAUCAUAUUUUUGCAAUUUUCUUCCAUUCAGUGUCCGGCUUUUGAAAGACUGUCGGAGUCUUCUCCAGGAUUUGAGUCCGUAUUGGAAGAAUGCGAAUUUGGGGACCUUCAGGGGAUGCUCGUUAUGUUCUCUGUUUGCCAUGUAAUUAUAUUCCUUCAGGAGGGAUCACGCUUCGAUACCCAAAUAUUGAAGAAAUUCCGAAUGUUACAAGCUGCAAAACAUGCUUUGGCUCCAUUUGUGAAAUCCCGGAUUGUACCAUUAUUUACCUCCAAAUAUUCCUCUUCAUCCUCUUCACAACCAACUGUUCCAGGGACUUCCUCCAAAAAUUCCUCUCCAAGUAGAAGUGGUAGCAUCGCUGGACGUCACACUUCCGCUAUUUCGCUCAUGUCGGGUCUGGGUUCCUAUGCUUCUUUAUUUCCAGGCCAAUGUACACCAGUCAUGCUUUUUGUUUUUCUUGAUGACUUCCCAGAUGGCCUAACUCAUGGGUCCCAUGUAGAAGAAUCAUCGGAUACCUUGUCGUCAACUAGUUUGAAUGGCAUACCUCGGCCUAGUUUGUCCAUGAAAGGUUCAAGUUCUGUUGUUAUGCUUGCACGCCCAACGAGUAAAUCUGAAGGUAGUCUCAAGAAGAAGCUACAGUCAUCUCUCGAAGCGCAGAUCCGGUUUUUGAUUAAGAAAUGUCGUACACUAUCUGGCUCUGAGGCCAGUCAUUCUGGGUCUAGAGGAGGGGGCAAUGCAAAUUCAGCACCUUUGUUUUCCCUUGAAGCUUCAAGGGCUGUUGCUCUAUUGGACAGGUUAAUGAACCAGAGAGGUGAAUCUCUGGAUUUUGUCGCUGGUAUUGUGGAUGAUGUUAUAAAUGCAAAGGCAUCCUCUGACACGCUUCUGCUUGAAAGUCACAAUCAGAGUGCAAAUAAAGAGGAUAUUCAAUCUAUAAAGGAGUUCAUCUAUAGGCAGUCUGAUAGCCUAAGAGGGAGAGGUGGCUUAUCGACCAACAGCAACAGUGGCUCUGCUGCUGGUGUCGGUAUGGUAGCUGUUGCUGCUGCUGCCGCAGCUGCCUCAGCUGCAUCUGGGAAGUCAUUUACUACUCCUCCUGAACUUCCAACUUUGGAGAACUGGUUAUUGUCUAGUCAACUUAUUGUGGAUGCCCUGCUUUCCCCUAAAUGCCGGAGUCUUGAGGAAAAUGAAUUCAGCAAAAGAAAGCCUCCUAGACGAAAUGCUGCUUCAUCAAAGGUUGAUGGAGUUGCUUCUGGAGGAACAGAUCCUAGAGAUGCUGCUGUAUCUUGGCUGGAAAGUGGUAAAGGCCUGAACUUGAAAUUUUCUACUGCAUGGUGCCAGCGAGCUCUACCAGCUGCAAAGGAGGUUUAUCUGAGUGAUUUACCUGCUUGUUAUCCAACUUCCAUGCAUGAGGCACAGCUACAAAAAGCAUUGCGUGCUUUUCAGUCAAUGGUCAAGGGACCCGCUGUGCAUUCUUUCUCCAAAAAGUUAGAAGACGAAUGCACAUCCAUUUGGAGAUCAGGGAGGCAGCUCUGUGAUGCUGUUAGUUUGACAGGAAAACCAUGCAUGCAUCAGAGACACAAUGUUGAGAUUGGUGGUUCACUUUCAGGAGCUGAGGUCAAGCAGCAUUCUAGUGGAUUUGUUUUUCUUCAUGCUUGCGCUUGUGGCCGUUCCCGGCGCCUGAGAGAUGAUCCUUUUGAUUUUGAAACUGCCAAUGAUACUUUCAAUUUCUUUCCUGAUUGCGAUAGGCCCCUACCAGUUCUUCAACUACCAAAAGUAAGCAAUGCAGGUCCUAUACUGCCCUCUUCAUGGAGUCUGAUUCGACUUGGAGGUUCACGGUAUUAUGAACCUUCUAAAGGCUUGCUUCAAAGUGGUUUUUGCGCCAGUGAGAAGUUUCUUUUGAAAUGGACAAUAUUGCUUGAGAAACCAAAAAAGCCAAAGACUUUGUCAGUGGGUACAAUUCAGAAAGGAGCUCUAAUCAUGUCUGAGGAACCCAAGGUUGAAUCUUCUACAGAUGAAGUAAAGAAAGCUAGUGGUGCGCAGUCAUUCCAAGUAGAAGUACAAGAUGGAGUAGAAAGUCAUAGCAAACACUCAGAAAAUGUUUCUGAUGGUAAGAAAAUCAGUUUUGGUAGGGGUCUUCCACAUUUUACAAUGAGGAAACCUUUUUCUGAGGUUGUUGCUGGAUCAGUAGCUGCAGAUUCAGCUUUUCCUCCUCUUCAGCAGACGAAACCACCUGCUGGGGGUUCAGAAAAGGGUAAGAGAAGUGGCACAAGAAAUAGAAGUGAGCAGCAGGUUCAUGCAACUGCCAAUUGUGAAGGACUUAAAAAAUCUGAAGAUCUUUCUUCUGUUCGAGAAAGUUUAAAUGGGAUGAAGAGUAAUGGCUACAAAGGUAGUGACCCUUUUUUACAGAUAGGUAGCAAUGUAGUUCCAAUGAACAUGAAUGGCAGUGGAAAGAUCAAACCAAGUACUUCUGUGAAGCAUGCUGUAGUGUAUGUUGGAUUUGAGCAUGAGUGUUCCCAUGGCCAUCGUUUCUUAUUAACUCCAGAGCGUCUCAAUGAGCUUGGUUACCCAUAUUUGUCCCCUGAAGAUUCUAAUUUUCCUUCAUGUUGGGAAGUUUCUGAGCGGAAAGUUAAAGAGCAAUCAAACUUGACUAAGAAUGGUGCCCAAGAAAAAGAUUAUUCACAUUCGAAUGAAAUGGCUGGUACUGUUGUAAAUAAGGUGAGAACUUCAAAUAGGUCAAAGGAGGCAAUAGCCGGUGGUAACCAAUAUUGGGAUGGAACACACUUGAAAUCUGUAAAAGACUUAGAAGAGAACCUUCAAUCUAUUACACUUGAUGAUGGUGGGUCUGCAUUUGCCCUUUUGAAUAGAAAUUUACCAUUAUAUAUGAACUGCCCACACUGCAGAAAAUCAAGGAGUAAGAAAGAUACACAGAAUCUCAAGUUCGCAAGUACAAUAUCACAGCUUCAAAGGAUUUUCCUGGUCACACCUCCAUUUCCAAUUGUCGUAGCAACAUCUCCAGUUAUACAGUUUGAGUCCUCACGCCUUCCUUCAUCUGUACCGGAUAAGGAUCAGCAGUCAAAGUUCAACCUUGGGUGUCGAGUGAUCUUACCUCCGGAGAGCUUCCUUACACUUAGACUCCCAUUUGUGUAUGGUGUGCAACUGGAGGAUAGAAGUCUACAUCCUCUAAACUGCCUUGGGCAUCCACCAGAACUAACUGCCUGGAUUACCAAAGGCACAACAUUGCAGGUUAUGUCCAUCGGAAGCACUCUUCAUGAAGGAGAUCAGUUGUGACUUAUAAAUACUUGACUAGAUCUUGGCCAUUAGUUUGAUUUGCUUGUGAGUUCGUAAAGCCAGGCUAUCAACUGCACCAUUCAGCUUCAGAUUAGGUUAUUCAUGGAUUAUACUUAUGGUGCAGUGAGUUAUUGAUGAGCUUCAUGCCAGAGAGAGAGAGAGAGAGAGUUCAAGCAUACCAUGUUUCUCCAGGGUUUGUACUUUCCUGAGACUAAGAUCAAUUUUGAUUUACAGGAUCAGUGAUAGAUCUAUUGAAUGAAAUGUGUAGAAAACAUUUGUGAUUGUUUUCCAUGCAGGUAGAACGUAUGGGGGGUAAUAGAUCGUGGAUGCAAAUAUUGAUGGAA